GGCGCCACAUCGCUUAGUCACGUUAGUUAGAGUAGAGCCACAAACGGAAGCACAUCCACCAGGGCUAACAACAUGUCGUGAGGAUUUCAAGUUUGUGUGCUUUGUGAAGCUUCAUCAUGGAGCCGGCCAGUGUGGAGAGUCUCCGCGUACUCUUUCAGAGUGAUGAUUACAUCGUGGUGGACAAGCACUGGGACAUCCGCAUUGAUAGCAAGAUGUGGUAUGAAAAAAACACAGUGCAGAACCAACUUCGCCACCACUUCCCUCAACUGGCAGACCCAAAAACCUACUAUGGAUUCAGAUUCUGUCACCAGUUGGAUUUCUCGACCAGCGGAGUCCUCUGCGUGGCCCUCAAUAAGGCUGCAGCUGGCCAGGCAUAUCACUGCUUCAAAGAGCGCACUGUCACCAAGGCCUACCUCGCUCUGGUCCGUGGAUUGGUGGAAGAAGAGAUACAAACUCUGGACUUUUCAAUUGGCAAGAACACUUCAGAAGGAAAAACACAUAUGAUGUGUAUUGAGGGAACAGAUGGUUGUGAGAAUGCAAAACCAUGCCAGACUGCGCUGACAGUGUUGGAGUACGGCUUGUAUGACGGAGACCGUGUCACCAAGGUGCUACUGCAGCCUCUUACAGGUCGAACCCACCAGCUAAGGGUCCACUGCAGUGCAAUAGGCCACCCCAUAGUCGGGGACUUCACCUAUAGCUCAGGAGCCGACGACGGCCCCUUCCGCAUGAUGUUGCACGCUCACCUCCUCCACAUCCCCCUGGACCUCGAACCCAUGCUCGUGUGCGCGGGAGACCCCUUUCUGUCAUCGGUGGACCCAAAAUGGCUCCCACAGCGCUCCGUACGACCCCUGAAGGCCACCGUGGACGCCCUGCUGGAGCACAGGGUGCACGAGCACAGACGAGCGAAGGAGACGGAGAGAGACCAAGUGAGACAGAAGGAAGAGAAGAGGAGGAACAAAAGCCGGAAAGAGGAGAGUGAGGAGCAGAGGAGGCAGUGUGAGGAAUGGCUCAGAGAAUGGGCUGGAGACUCAUAGUGUUAUUUAUUAUUAUCAAAUAUUUAUUUAUUCCAGUUGUUCAUCUUGGGAAACCAUGUUGAACAUGUAUUUUCCACACCCAAUUCAAAUUCCCUCAAAAUAUAAAUAGACAGGUUUUUUAAGUUUAACAUGUAAGCAUGAUGAAAUAAGAGAAGUUACUGCCUUGUUGACAUUAUGCAGGGUUGGGGAACCGACAGUCCGUGGGCCAUAUACUGCCUAUCGUCCAAUUCUAAAAACAAGAAAUUUAGAGGAACUCUGAAAUAAUGUAACCUGCAAAUUCUCACACAGCAUUAACAUACUAAAUUUUGAACCGAUGUUUAUUGUGGCCUUAGAAAAAGGAUCCUCUCCCCUGUCCUAAUGAUCAACCCAUUUUUGUUCUUCUAAUUUUAUUAUAUGGCAUAUACACUACUCACAAAAUGGUAGGAUCUUUGACUUUUGGGUGAAAUCUCAGGAUGAAACUAAAAUGCACUGCAACCUUCACAGGUAAACUGAAUUAGUUAGACCUUGUCUAAACUUUUGAACGCACAUAUCCAGCUGUUCAUUGUUUCAGUACUUUUUUGCAUACCUUGCUGUUUUGUAGUAAAGAGCUGAACAGCAAAAAUCACGUUUGGUCCAAAGGACCAAUCCAUUUCCUGGUUCAAUUAGAUGGGUAUUUAAACAGUCCUCUUCAUCAUGCUAUACACUUUUAGACAUUGUGAGACCAAGAUGACACUUAACAAUUGAUUAACAGUACCACGCCACCGUGAAGCUUCAAACAGGGUGUUUUCAGACGAAAGUGGCCACUGAAUUUAGAGUGUAAUUAGCAGGUUGCAACAGAGACUGGAAGAGUCACAGAAAGGCAUGGAAGUGGAUGUGCUUGCAUAUGUAUUGGUCGAGUUCACCUAAAAGCCAAAUAAUUCUAACUUUUUGUGCAUAGUUUAUGUUAACAAUUGUACCAAAUAUUGUAUUUUCUUAAUUGAAAUGCUAGUACAGUGGUAGUUUGUUAUAUAUACGAAUAAUCUGACAUAAAAAUAAUUAAAUGGGAAUAAAAAGUCAACUACAUUGAAAAUAUUUUGCCAUGUGAAUAAAAACAAUUCCCAAGUUUUUCCAUUUCUACAUUGAAAAUAUUUUGCCAUGUGAAUAAAAACAAUUCCCAAGUU